AUGGCCCUCUUCUUGGCUUGCCUCUACAUGCAUGCUCCGGGAGAACCUCACCUCAACCUGGUCAAGCGGAUCCUCCGGUAUGUCAAGGGUGCUUUGGACCUGGGACUUAAACUGCACUCCACACCGGCCAUCUCGCUCAUGGCGUACUCGGAUGCUGAUUGGGCAGGUUUCCCUGACACUCGCCGUCCUAGUUCAGGUUAUUGUGUCUACCUCGGUGAUAACCUUGUGUCCUGGUCAUCCAAACGCCAGGCAACAGUUUCUCACUCUAGCGCCGAGGCCGAGUAUCAUGCCAUGGCUCACGCCGUGGCUGAGUGUUGUUGGCUUUGUCAGCUUCUUCAAGAGCCUCAGCGUCCUCUCCACUCCGCGACCGUCGUCUUCUGCAACAAUAUCAGUGAUGUCUAG